GCUGUUGCAUACAGUACAGCAUGAUGUGUGCAUCCAAUGCCAAGGUCUCAGAGCAAAGCCACUCUGGAUUUUUGUUCGAUGUUUCUACCCUUACCUGCCAUGGUUCCUCUUGCGACUUGCCACCCGCGAGCGUGCUAGGGUGACGAAGCCAAGAGGUGGGAAAGCGAUGGCCGACGAUGUUGUUGUGCCGACUGCGCCUUCAUCUGUGGCACACGCUCCUGUGAUGGCUACUCCAACGCCAUUGUCCACGGCGUCUGGCUCAGCACCAACAAACAAUAUGACUACGGACAGUGUAAUUUCGUCCACCGAUUCUGUCACUCGCAGGGCAUUGGAGGCGCGCUUGGACGUAACCAAUGUCGCAGCCAAGGCCGCUGGCAGUGGCAGUCCAGCUGUACCAGUUGUCACGUGCACUGUCAACCACACUCCUGGAAAGCCUAGCACUUUAAUCAACAGCGUGGCACAUCUACCACUGACAGAGUUUCAUUCACCAAACGUAACGUCGGUCAUUGAUGCAGCGACCAACAACCCUUUGCCGAACGCUGCCAACAAGAAUGCGGCGGCGAAACUGCAGGAGCAGCUCAUGCUCGGUGCUGCACAGCGCAUCACAUCCACCCCGGCCUCGGCGAAAUCAGCAGCAGCAGCACGCACUCAAAGUGAUGGCCAGUCCACAGGACCUCCGAAUUCACCGCCAUGUCCACUAACAUCCAGCGCAGCUGCGCCACAGAACCCCAGUGCUCCAUCGUCAGCCUCCGGUGAACACAAGCAGCCGCGCUCGAAACCCAUGGGCAUGGAGUCACCUCCGAUUGAAAUGCGAGGAGUCGCCCCGGUACCUCCGAUGGAUGGUGGUGGUGGUGGCGGCGGCGGCAGCAUGCUUGUGCCGAUACCUGUGAACGGCGGUGUCGUGAGUGCAAUGACUGGUGCAGUGUUUGCCAGCAGCCAGCCCAUGCCUGUAGCCGUACCCGGUGCUAGCGUUGCUAUUGCUGCUGCCGCUACUCACGACAAUCGCAUCGUAUCCCCGCCAUCAACAAGUCGCGUUACGUCCCCGCAACAGCAGCAGCAGGGCGGUGGGCGACACGUUACGACGUCACCGUAUUCAGUGUCCACUGCGGACGUGUCGACGGCGCACUCUGCCGGUGGUGGUGGCAGUACGGUCAUGGCGCAGUCGUCGUCGCUGCUCCCCGCUGCUGCUGCUGCAGGAGGUGUUGGAGCAGCACCAGCAGCGACAGCGGUACCAAUGGCAGCACUGACCGUGGCCAACCAGCAACCGCCGACGGCGAUGUUCAAUGGCCAGCAGAUACCAGUGGUGGAGAAUCAUAUACCACUAAACGCGAAUCAUUUCAGUGCCAGUAGCCAGGCUGUUGCAGCGGCUGCUACUGCUGCUGCGUUACCUGGUCAAGUGGCAGCAGCAAAAUCACAACAACAACAACACCGACCGGUCUAUCCGUAUUUCAUCGACCCCGAGUGUAUGCCAAAUGGUUUCCCGCCUGGUAUGUAUAUGAGCAGUGUGUCGUCCGCUGGCCAGUUCAUUCCGCCGGGCAUGGCAGUGUGUGCACCACCCCCAGGAGCGCCAGCCGCCAUGGUGGCCUCCGCGCCCGCCGGUGCUGUGCGACCCGUCGGCCCUCCGGCGCCCGGCCAACCAAUGACCUAUCUAAGCAGAGCCAUCAUGAUGCCGUCCGGGGUGGUGCAGAUCGACGGUGCUAAUGGGCCUCAGUACUACUACCAGCAGGAAAUGGUUCCGUCAAUACGUCACAUGAACGAGGUGUAUCAGCAGCAACAGCAGCAGCAGCCGCAACAGCAUCAUCAUCAGCAGCAACAACAACAACAGGUACCCGCGCUAGUUGCUGCAUCGCGUAAUGUGCCGCCUGUGGGUAGUGGUGGCGGCAGUGACCCGCCAAGUGAGCGCCACUCACGUGCUGCUAGUCCGACGACAUCGCCGUUGCCUGGCAUCCUUCGCAAGCGCAAUCAUGACGGGACGAGGAAGAUGGCGCCGAACACCGCUGCAGACCGAAGCAGCUUCAGCAACGGCAUUACUACGAACGAUCAAGUCAACGGCACCGACAGUCACGCUGAUCAACACAUGGGCGACCUAAGCCGAACGCCAAGCAAAGGUGGCUAUGCGAUGCCGGGUAGCGGCCGCGCACUCGACUUCCAGCACCGUGGCGGCGGUGGCAGCACUGCAGCGUCCUCCUCCAAGUCUCAGUCGGCCGCGGCCCUGAAAGCACUGCAUGCGUCGAGCUCCAGUCACCGAUCGUCCUCGAUAUCCACCACCGUACAAGCCACGCUGGACCCCGGCUUCAGGCAGACGAGUUCGUCAAAGCUGGCUGUGCCGCACGCGGCCGGGAGCACGUCAGAUGUAGUAGGCCCGUCUCCGCGUAAGAAGCCUCGUAAGCAGACGGUGAAAGCCACCGAGGACCCACUAGCCAGCAAUGUCCCUACUGGUAAUACUCUGCCAGGGGAGUUUCGUAGCGGUAGCGCCAGCUCUCGCCAAGUUGCCGCUUCGGUCCCUGCGCCGAAGGAACCAGUCGUACAAGUCGCCGCGAAACCGCAGAAGGCCGGCAUCCACCAGUUCCCGUUUCGCCGGCGAAUGAACGUGGCAUACGGUGGUGGCUAUGUACCGCGUGGUAAAACAGCGCUCAAUCACUUUGUCCGUGCCAGUGACGUCAAGGUGAAAGAUGAAAAGAAGACAAGUCUAUCAGAUGUUGCCAGCAAGGUGAAAGGCCAUCCGGAGAUGAUCGAAGGCAACCGUAUCCAUCACGUCCUUGCAAACAUCGAUGCCAUUUGUAAGGACGAAAAAGAAAAGGCCGACCGCUACUCUACGUACUUCCUGGCGGAGAAAUGGAAAGAUGAUCCGGAUAUAAAGGAGGAUGUCGACGGGAUCAUGGAUUUGCUACAGGGUAACGUGCUGCGCAGCAAAGCGCUAAUCGACCAGCUGACUGAAGUGAAGCAAACCCUACUGAAGGUGCUAGACCAUACUCGAAAGGUCAAGGACAUAACGGCCCGUGUCUCCACGCAGAAGUCUAAGAAGAAAAACACGUCGUCCUAACGCUCUGCGUCCUUCGCGGUUGUUGGUUUCUUUCUCGGUGAGGCCAUCUCACUCUCACCGUGUUGAUUUCUGUCCCGAUGCUGUCCUUUGUUAUUGUCCGUCUUCGCUUGAGCUUGAGAUGAUGAGGUGCCUCAGUACUCGGCCAAUUUUCUAGAUCUUAGUGUUGUUAUCGCAUAUUAUUUGUUUUUGCUUUCAUAACCGCUCAUAAUUUGUAAUGCCGUCUUCUUUUUUUGCUAGGCUGUGCCUAGGUGAUGGUGAAAUAAAACUCAUGUAUUUGUACGGUCCAGAACCUCACAUGCCGCUGUGCACUCCCAGAUUCCUGUGCCACUCAUGAAAUAUUCAUAUAACCACGGGCAACGUGUUUUCUUUGUAGCUAUGUGCUUUGGCUUUCUCCACCGACACCUCGACCUUCGAUAAUUUCUGGUCAUGUGCUUGAGGUGUGCAUGCUGAUAGUUUUUUUGUAUUUUCGUGCUAGAUUGAGAAAAGCCACGAUAAAAAGCAGGAAUAGCUAUAUAUCCCCUUUACUACGUUGCUUGUUACCAUGAAAUUUGCCAUGUGGAGCGCUUUUCACACAAUACUAGUUACCUUUUUUCUUUUUUUUUUGGUUUUGUCUAGUCUUAGAACUUGAAUUUCUUCAGUUCUUGGCCCUCGGGGUCCUACCCUAGUAAGAUUUUCUUUCCAGUUGUAGACUUUUCUGUCUGCUGUCCACUUUAACCCGUGUGUUAUGUUGUAUUUGAGUGGCACUAUCGAUCCUGCACUGCUUUCGGUGCAGUGCAAAACGUA